UGUUAUACUUCCCCUUCCAGAUAAUGUGAAAGAAUAUUUGCUGGAUGAUGGAACGCUUGUGGUUUCCGGAAGAGAAGAUCCACCAAGUCAUGCUCAGGAAGGGAGUGACGAUGCAGAGGAAAUACAGUGGUCAGAUGAUGAGAACACUACAACGCUUAAGGCACCAGAAUUUCCUGAGUUUACAGCUAAAGUUCAAGAAGCAAUAAGUUCCUUGGGUGGUAGUGUUUUUCCUAAACUUAACUGGAGUGCUCCAAGGGAUGCCUACUGGAUAGCAAUGAACAGCUCUCUGAAAUGUAAAGCUCUCAGUGACAUCUUCCUCCUCUUCAAGAGUUCAGACUUCAUUACCCGUGACCUCACUCAACCAUUUAUCCACUGUACUGAUGAUUCCCCUGAUCCUUCCUUGAACUAUGAG